UCCUGAAAGCCUCCGAUCCCAACGCAAAAAAAAAAACUUUUCGUUUUUUGUUUAUAUUCUUUCGCUGUCUCCCUUCGUUAAUCGUCGACUCAACGUCUACCUGCAGACUUACUGCUCGACUUUCUUGGCCUUUUGCCUCUGUUCAUUUUUCCUCUGUUAUUCGUCGCUUCAGGUUUAUGUAAACUCUGCUCAUCCUUACAAGCUAUUUUUGCUUGUCUAAGAAUUUCACUUAUUAAUCACAGAUCACAUCAUAAUCAAUUGAAUUUUCAUAUACAGGUGAUUAAAAUUUUGUUUAUUUCAGCUACUUUUGUUUAGUUUAAAGUUACAGUUCAGCACGUUCUUGCUUCAAGUCCAGAGUGAUGAACCAAACUUUGCUCUCCAAAUCUCGAAAAUUCCUUCCUUAAUCAUUUUAUAUUUUGAGUUCAUAAACACAAUUUUUACAUUUGAUUCUUUUUUGAAUGAUGUUAUCUGCUCCUUAAUUGUAAGCUAAACACUCAAAAUUAACAUGCUUCAAUAAUGGAUUAUCAUAAUUCCAGAUUGCCUGCAGAUCUGUCGAAUCAAAAUUAGGAUUUUGCUCUCUCUGUUUGAAAUUAAUCUGGAUUAGGUUUAUGUUUGGAGGUACAGAACUGAUAAGAGAUUUCUUUGUAUAUUUAAGACAUAUGAUAUGAAAUUUGUCCGCUAAGCUGAUGUCAUUUGUGACUUAAAUCAUUCAUACCUUCCGGUUUCAAAUGUUUCAACUUCUUCCAUAAGUUCUUCUACUUCUGAUUCAGAAAACAGUCUUCUAAUUCAACUGAUAAUGCUUCAGUUUUCGCUUUUGGCGAUUCCAUUUGUAAGGGCAUAAUAUCUUGAUUCUUAUCAACAUGGUAGUCUAAACUAGUUGUUUGAGGAGAACUCUGAGAAGAAUUUGAAAAUCCUACAUCCGGAAUGGGAUUAGCUGCUGACCUGGCAAUCACUUCUUAAUUCUUAUCUUAAAAUGGAAAAAAGAUAUGAAGUCCCAAAAAUUGUAUAAAUAAAAACCGUAUAGUUGAUGUUAAACUUCACUGGAAAAGAAACAUUAUGAGGGAAUUUUCACACCAUAAUGUAAAUGAGUUACAUGAGAGAGGAAACUUACCAUGACUAUCUACAUUGCCAAUGGAGCCUCUGUUUGACACCUGUCUUGGCUGUAUAUCUUUUUCCUUUUUUUUGGUAAAGUGGCUUUGUUUCACUUUCACCUACUAAAAGAACCAAUAAAUUGAUAUAGUUAGACAGAGGGCUACAUGAUCUAACUUUUAGGCUGUGUUUGUCAUGCUAGACAUACUUUCAAGGGCAUUUCAGUUAUGAGGAUCAAGAGGGCAUUUAUGUCUUUUUCAUACACGAGAGAUCGAGAGAUCAAAAAUUGCAAUUUUGUCCCAAGCAUUACAAUUUGUUCUAUCAUAUCCUAUCUUGCAUAACAAACGGGGCCUUAAAGCUUUAGCAGACAAAAAGAUUUAGAGCACUAGAAUCCUCACUCACUAUUUUUGAUAGUGAGUUCAUAAUCUUUAGCACACAAGUAUUUACGACUUUGUAUGUGUAGAUUUUGGUUCCUGCAGUGAAGUGCUGAACACUCCUUGUUCAAGACUUUUAGCUGUGCAUUUAGUUGUUUUUGGAAUGAUAUUUGGUGUUGAUUUGUUUAAUAUGUAAGUGAACUUCAGAUGAAUUUUAUUUAGACAACAAUAGGGAGACUUAUGUGGGUUUAACAAAACAAAAUAGAGAUGUUGUACAACAAAUGAACAGAUUGGUUAGAUAUUUUCUUGCACCCCCCACAACUUAGCCAAAAAAAUAAACUCAAUUCAGUUAUGUGAGCAGCUACUCUUUAAAUAACUCACAUGGCAAUGUAAUUUUUUAUUUUACAUCAAUACUUUGGUAUUAGCAGAUGAGAUUUAAGUUGCAUAUUGUAAUCACUAAUUUGCUAUUAUGCAGAGGCAUUUGUACGGGUCCUAACAUUAAAGCACAAGUGAAGAAAGCCGGAGAAACCAAAUUUUAUAACUAAUAACAUCUGUAGAAGAGUUUGAGAGCUUAUUGAGAAAGGUAAAGGGUCAUCAACCCGUGAUUUGUUAUGGUGGUUCUAUCUCAACUUCCAGAAGGAUCUUCAUCAACUGAUGGUUAUAGCUCAUCAACUCGUGUUCCUACUUCAUCAACUCAUGGUCGUAGUUCAUCAACUUGUGGUCAUAGAUAUGACAUAUUUUUAAGUUUUAGAGGUGUUGACACUCGUCAUAGUUUCACUGAUCACCUUCAUAAGGCUCUCAUUGAUGCCAAUAUCACUACCUUCUUGGAUGAUGAAGAGAUUGAAACAGGGGAAGAUCUGAAACCAGAACUAGAGACUGCAAUUAAGGCAUCUCGGGCUUCUGUUAUUGUAUUGUCUAAGAAUUACGCUUCUUCAACAUGGUGUCUGGAUGAAUUGGUGUUGAUCCUUGAGCAGCGUAUGACAUCCAACCAUAUUGUCAUCCCCAUCUUUUAUCAUGUGGAACCCACCCAUGUCAGGAAGCAACAAAGUAGCUUUGGAGAUUCAAUGGCUAAGCAUAAACAGACAAUGGACGCAGAGACAAAUGCAAAUAAAAGAAGUCAAUGGGCUCAAAAGAUGGAGCGAUGGAAUAAAGCACUUACACAAGUUGCUGAUUUAAAAGGGAAUGACGUAAAAGGAAGGUUAGAGACAGAGUUCAUUGAAGAAAUUGUGAAGGACAUCCACCAUAGAUUAUAUGUACCCUUAAGGAGCGUUAAACCACAACUUAUUGGGAUGAAAGAUGAUAUUAACUUCAUCACUUCAUGGUUGAAAGACGGAUCCUCACAUAUGGCAGACAUACUCACUAUUUCAGGUAUGGGUGGGAUCGGGAAGACAUCUUUAGCCAAGCAUGUGUAUGGGCUAUAUUCUCAUGAAUUCCACAAAAGCAGCUGCAUUGAAGAUAUUAGUAGGAUAUGUGAUGGAAAGUUUAAGUUGCUUGAUUUACAAGAACAACUGUACAGUGACAUUUCAAAAACAAGUUCAAUUAAAGUUCAUGAUGCUUUGGUAUAUACCUCAAAGAUAGAGAAUGUUGUAGCUCGUCAAAGCGUGUUUCUUGUUCUUGAUGAUAUUAGUACGAUUGAUCAGUUGGAUGCGUUACUUGGAAGCAAAGGUUUUCACCCUGGAAGCAAAAUCAUUAUAACCACAAAGGACAAGCAUUUGACAAAGAGUUGUGCACUAUUCAAAACAAACAUUGAACCCAUGCAUAAAGAGCUCGUGCUUCAAGGCUUACAUGAGAUCAAAGCAUGGCAACUUUUGUGUCUCCAUGCAUUCAAAUGCAAUUAUCCCAAGAAAGGUUACAAAGAGGUGUCAUAUAAGCUUGUGAAGUAUUGUCAAGGACAUCCAUUGGCUCUUGAAGUAUUGGGAAAAUCGCUAUAUGAUCGAGAUGUAACUUAUUGGGAAGGGUGCAUAGAAGGGCUAAAGAAAGAAACAGAUUCUCAUGUAAAUAAUGUCUUGAGAAUGAGCUUUAAUUCCUUGCCAUCCAAAAAUGAUAAGGACUUGUUUAAGUAUAUUGCUUGUUUUUUUGUCGGAAAAGAUAGAGAUCUUACUGAAACAAUAUUAAAGGCAUGUAAUAUAAACAUAAGAUCUGGAAUCCCAAAUCUCCUCGACCGAUUCCUUCUUUCUAUUGGACGGAAAAACGAAUUGAAGAUGCAUCAGUUGGUUCAAGAGAUGGGAAGAUUCGAAGUACAUCAAGAAUCACUUGAUAAGCCAUGGAAGCGAAGUCUAUUAUGGUGUCAUGAAGAAUCAUUCAGAGUGUUGAAACGAAAAAAGGGUAAGGGAAAACUUCUAGGCCUUACCCUUGACAUGCACAUGCUUGAGAAAGAAAAGUUGGAUGUAUCAUAUGAGCUGAAAACAGAUGCAUUAAGUAACAUGGAUAAUUUGAUGCUACUACAACUCAAUUAUGUGCACAUGAACGGGUCUUAUGCAAACUUUCCAGAGGAAUUAAGAGGCUUGUGUAUGCAUGGGUUUCGUUUAAAGUCUAUACCUUUAGACUUGCCGAUGAGGAAUUUGGUUGCUCUUGACAUGUCGUAUAGCAAUAUUGAAGCAUUUGUCGGCUGUUAUAAUAAUUCACAACGGCUUGAGAAGAGGCAAACGUUGGAUGAGUCGUGUUUAAAAGAGAAAAGGUUGUUUGGAUCAUUGAAGAUUCUUAAUUUAAGUUUCUGUAAACAACUCCGUAGUCUUGGUGAUUUUGACCAACUUCCUGCACUUGAGAGGUUAAUCGUUAGACAUUGCAUUGGUUUGCUCGAGGUUUGUGAGUCAAUUGAGAAAUGUGUUGAACUUCUCUUCAUUGAUCUGAGCUAUUGCAAGAAGCUUGAAAAACUUCCAAGAAACAUAGGCAUGUUGAAGAAUGUUAAAACAAUGUUGCUAGAUGGUUGUAGUCCCGGUGGAUCUCGAAUCCAGAAUAGGGGUAUGGAUGCACUGGAAUUGGGCAAGGCUGACAACAUUCACAUAAAUACAAGAACCUCUUCCUCUGCCUUUGUGGGUGCUAUACCAAGUGAUUUGAAGUUGUUUACAAUUUAUUUACCAAGGUCUUUAGUAAGUUUGUCACUCGCAUAUAGUAAUUUGUCCACUAAAUCCUUUCCCACGGACUUGAGUUGCCUAUCCAUGUUAAAGGAAUUAUAUUUAGAUGGCAAUCCUAUAAAUUCCAUGCCCAGUUGUGUGAGAACCCUUCCUAGGCUUGAGAUGCUUAGUAUGCAACAGUGUAAAAAAUUGAAGUCAAUUGAGCAUCCUCCACGUACACUAAGCAAGUUGCUCUUUCCUGUUGAUGAGCGUGUUUUACGCAAAGUCGUUUUUGAUCCAAACAUGUCCCCACUAGAUUUGUUAAGAAGUUCGAUGGUUUAUUCAGGUUUGUCAUAUGAAAUUGAAGGCAUUGUGAAAAUCCAACCAAUGGUAGGUGUGGAGGAGAAGGUAUUACGUAGCUUGGGCUGGAGUAAUUUAGACUUCCUUAACGAAAGGCACUUGGGAGCUAAUUCUUGGGAAUCUGAAACCCAGAUGUUUUAUGAAUUUGGAAUAUUCAGCACAAUGUAUGAGGCGGAGGAGAUGCCGAGUUGGUUUAGGCAUAGAAGUGUGGGGCCAUCAAUAUCUUUUACCAUCCCACCAUCAUCUCCAAACAACCUCCUUACAGGACUCAACUUCUGCUCUCUGCACACAUUAAAACCUCCUGUUGAGUGGUGGAAUUGUUUCCCUUUUACGCCAAUGAUGACAAUUAGUAAUAUAACAAAGAACCGCAUGUGGAUAUACGAACGUUGCUUUGACAGGGGUAUUUUAUCUAGAGACUGUUGCGUGUUGUUAAGUCAUUGGAUGUUUCGGAUGAAUGAGAUGGAAGGUGGUGACCACAUUACUAUUACUGUUACACUGCCGAAUUAUCGAGUUGUAAAGGAGUGUGGGGUGAGUCUUGUGUAUGAGGAUGAUGGAGUGAAGAAGGAUGAAGAAGAAGAUGUGUUGGGUUAUUACAAGUCAUGGAAUCACAUAAUUGGUGGAGAUCUCUCUCCUUUUCAGACAACUACAGGACAAUUCAUCCUAAGAAACCGGCAGUUUUUUACACGUGGCAUUGUAUUGUCUCCCUAUCAUCGAAAAUUCGUUCCAGACGGCCCCGACAUUCAAGCAAAAAAGGAAGAUUGUUGGUUCAGAGCUUUAUCCCCAAGGAAGCCUGGCAUAAUUGGUGGGGCACAUGAGGGUGAGGGGGAAUCUUCAAGGUGUCAUUCUUCACAUGAAAAGGAUUGAGAAAAAGAGGCUACAUGGCAUGAAUAGAAGAUGAAUGCAUUCCGCAAAUGGGUAACAUAAUGCAAUUGCAACUCAAUUGUGUAACUCGGAGUUAUAUCCUACUUUUCCAGAAGUGUAUACUAACUAGCCUGUAUUGCAAAAUUAUACACAUUUCAAAUUGUAUGGUAUUUUCCAACGACUCUUUUAAGCAUAGUUGUUAAAAUUAAACACUUCUCAAAUUGUGUGCUGUUUCCUGAUCAUAAUUUGAACUGAAUUUUUGGUCUC